GGCAACUGACAACAUUGGCACUUCGUCCUUGGACCUGCAGGGAAUGAACGACUUCUAUUUGUUUAUUUCUGCAUUUUGAGAUCAGCCCUGCUUGGGGGCGUUUCUGUAAAUAUGUUUGGUCUUCUGGCUAGAACGAUGGCUAAGCCAGCCAUCAUGAAGCCUUCGGCCCUGGUGAAGCCAGUGUCGGUGACGAAGAUCAUCGGCCGGUACCUGGUCCAUCAGGAGGGCUUGCCCAAACUGCCAGUGCCGUCGCUCAAACAGACCUGUGAGCGCUACCUGGCAGUGUUGGAGCCAAUCAUCAAUGAAGAAGAGCUGAGCCACACUCGCGAGCUAAUGGCUGAGUUCCUGCGUCCCGGUGGCGUGGGAGAGAGGCUGCAGAAGGGUCUGGAGCGCCGGGCUCGUAAGACUGAGAACUGGCUCUCUGAUUGGUGGUUGCAGACGGCUUAUCUGGAGUUCCGAUUGCCCGUGGUGAUGAACUCCAGCCCUGGCGUGGUCCUUCCCCGUCUGGAGUUCCAUGAUCGGCAGGGGCAGAUGAGGUUUGCUGCUAAGUUGAUUGCCGGGGUUUUGGAUUUCAAAACCAUGAUCGACAAUGAGACCAUGCCUGUGGAAUACUUGGGUGGGAAGCCACUCUGCAUGAACCAGUAUUACCAGAUUCUGUCCUCCUGUCGCAUCCCUGGCCUGAAGAGAGACACCGUGGUGAACCAUGCCAUGGGAAAGACACCGGCCAUGCAUAUCACCGUGGUGCACAACUUCCAGUUCUUCGUCUUGGACGUGUACAACAGUGACGGUUCCCCUCUGACGGUGGACCAGAUCUACAUGCAGCUGGAGAAGAUCUGGAACUCAUCCCUGCAGUCUAACAAAGAGCCAGUGGGAAUCCUGACCUCCCAGCACCGCAACAGCUGGGGAAAGGCCUACAACAACCUCAUCAAAGACAAAGUGAAUAAGGAGUCUGUGCGGGCCAUCCAGAAGAGCAUCUUCACCGUGUGCCUGGACGCCCCCAUGCCGCGCGUUUCAGACGAUCUGUACCGCAGCCGUGUGGCGGCUCAGAUGCUGCACGGAGGUGGCAGCCGCUGGAAUAGUGGGAACCGCUGGUUUGACAAGACCUUACAGUUUAUAAUCGGAGAAGAUGGGUCAUGUGGUCUGAUCUAUGAGCAUGCACCUGCUGAAGGACCCCCCAUCGUGGCCUUGGUUGAUCACGUGGUUGAGUAUACGAAGAAGUCAGAGAUGAUACGCUCCCCCAUGCUGCCCUUGCCCAUGCCUCCUAAACUGCGUUUCAACAUCACGCCUGAGGUCAAGAAAGACAUCGAGAAGGCCAAGCAGAACUUGAACAUAAUGGUGCAUGACCUGGAUGUGAAAGUCAUGGUGUUUACCCACUAUGGCAAGGACGUCCCCAAAUCCUACAAGAUGAGCCCCGACGCCUUCAUUCAGAUGGCAUUACAGCUGGCUUACUUCAGGAUGUACCAUCACUGCUGUUCCACCUAUGAGAGUGCCUCCCUGCGCAUGUUCAAACUGGGCCGCACCGACACCAUCCGCUCCACCUCGAUAGACUCCUUCAGAUUCGUCCAGGCCAUGGAUGACCCUUCCAAACAGAACACAGAGAAGGUGGCUCUGCUGCAUAAGGCUGUCAGUGCUCACAGAGCCUACACUGACAUGGCGAUCCACGGCCAAGCAAUCGACAGACAUCUGCUUGGGCUGAAGCUUCAAGGAAUAGAAGACCUGACCUCCAUGCCUGACAUCUUCAUGGACACGGCCUACGCUGUGGCCAUGCACUAUAACCUGUCCACCAGCCAGGUUCCGGCCAAGACGGACUGUGUGAUGUGCUUUGGGCCGGUGGUGCCGGACGGGUACGGCGUGUGCUACAACCCCAUGGAGAAGCACAUCAACUUCUCCGUGACGGCCUUCAACAGCUGCGCGGAAACCCAUGCCGCCAAGCUGGCGCGCGCCCUGGAGGAGGCGCUGAUGGACAUGAGAGACCUGCUGGAGCGGGUGCCCCAGGCCAAGCUCUGAGGAGGGCCACGGGG